AUGCGCCCCCCCCGUGACUCUGCUGCGCAGGAUGGGGCUCCGGAGCCGACGGAACCCCCCGGGCCGUACCCCCUGGACGAAGACGUCGACUCCCUGGUGCCCACGCACGACGAGCGGGGACGCCUCAUCCCCGAGUGGAAGCGGCAGGUGAUGGUGCGACGGCUGCGGGCGCAUCCGGCUGACGAGUCCCCGGCGGGCGGCCAGGUACGGGGCGGCCAGGGGACGGGGAGUGGGGAGCAGGCUGCCGGCCCGGGGGGGACAGUCACGGCGCCUUUAUCGCAGGACGCGGGGUCCUGGCACUUUUCACCCUCUCGGCAAGCCGUGCUGGGCCCCUUCGGGGAGCUGCUGACCGAAGCGGACCUGCAGCAGCUGGAGCGGGCGGUAGAGAGCCUGAGGCUGCGGCGGCGGGGCGAGGCGUACCAGGGCGAGCUGCGGCGCCUGGCGCGGGAGCUGCGGGCCCUCCUGCCCGCCCCGCUGCUCAACAUCACCGUACGCAGCCCCCCGCCUGCCCCCGGGCAGCCCCUGCCCCACUGGUGUGGCCGUCUGGCGGGGGCCGUCAGCAGCCUGGCCGCGCUGCUGGCCCACGCCGAGGGGCCGCGGGUCGCCUCCCCCGCCGCCGCCACUACCCCCGUCGUCGCCGCCGCCGUCUGGCAGCCCCGGGAGCCGGGGGGCAGCCUGGCGCAGCGGGAGAUCCGGCAGUGCGGGGUCUGCGUCCGCAGCCUCCGCGACGCCUUCGAGCCGCCGUGGGGGGCGACGGAGGGGAAGGGGGCCGGGGGUAGCGGGACGGAGGCUGCCAGCGACUCGGGCAUCAGCUGCGAGGAGGCGUUUUCCGAAGGCGGCGGCUCCCCGGGGCCGGGGCCGAGGCCGGGGUUGGGACCGGAGUGGGGCAGCCUGAGGAAGGAGCGGAUCGUGAUGCUCUUUCUGAGCCACUGGAAACGAUCCGCCUACGGGCCCUCUCCGCCGGCCGCCGGGGACCCCCGCAAGGCAACGGGGGCCGGGGCGGGGGUGGCUGCCCGGCUGGUGCGGCAGAGAGCGGCCAUCCAGCGGCUUCUGGGCGGCUGGAGGGACGCGGCGUCCCGCCGACCCCCGCCGCCGCCCGCUGCCCGCUGCGCCCCGCUCUCCCCGGAGCAGUUCGUGGCCAAGCCCAACGGGGAGCCGGCCGACUACGAGAGCCUGUCGCUGGAGCUCUUCAUGCUGGGGUAUUUCCGCAUCCUGGAGCAGGAGCUGCCCCCCGAGGAGCGCCGCGGACGCCACCUCCUCUGCUUCGAGGUCUUCGAGCAGCUGGGCCGGCACGGGUGGCCGGCGGUCCGCUCCUUCCACCGAGCCGUCACCGACGAAAUCGCCUCCGGCCGGCGAAGCUGGCUGGACGGAUUCGACGACAUCAAGGCGAGGUAUUUCGGAUCCCCACAAAGCUUGGCUCGCCAGCACGAGGAGGCUUGGGGAGACGGGGAGGAGAUCUGCCGCUACAUCGACCGCAGCUUCGCCUUCUGGAAAGAGAAGGAAGCCGAGAUCUUCAGCUUGGAGGAGUGAUGCCCGCUGGCGGGGAGGGCGGAGGGCUGAUUGAAA